AGGCUGCCGAAGCAGAUUGAAGAGAGAAAUGAGAAGUUGAAGGAGGAGAUGAUCAGUAAGCUAAAAGACUUAGGGAACAUGAUUCUGCGGCCAUUUGGGCUUUCAACCAACAACUUUCAAGUCAACCAGGACACGACGAGCGGCUCCUACUCCAUCAACUUUGUCCAGAACCCAAACCACAGAUGAUGUCAUGAUUUGAAGCCAAACCACAGAUGAUGUCAUGGUUUGACCCUGCUUCAGGGGCGCUCAAGCACCCCUCAGUUUGAACUCUGAAAUAAAGAAACUAUCAGGACCUUUUUCUGAGCAAGUUCUGUUCUCAAACUUUAGACUCACCAAUAAAUGUGAAAGUAGGAGCAGUCAGAGUGCAGCCCUCCCCCAGUCACUCAGUCACACCUGUCCAGGUGUGGCUGAUACUCAGAAAUCACCUGUCCAGGUGUGGCUGAUACUCAGAAAUCACCUGUCCAGGUGUGGCUGAUACUCAGAAAUCUCCUGCAGCAGCUCCAGCAGGUAAGAAGAGCUUCCUGUGAGGAGCAGGGCUGGGUCUACAGGGGCAGCAGCUGACCCUCUACAGUUGUUUCUUAAAUACCUGUAAUUACUAAAUGUUUGUCAGUCCAGAAGCCUUUUACACUCUUCAAAUGAAACAUUAGUUAAACUCAUGAUGUAAGGUCUGUAAAACUCUAACUUUUAACUGUAAACUGAAUGAAAUGUCUGCUGCAGUGAUCAGUGUUAGCUCGUUACAAUAAACAGAGGAACAGAGAAUGAAAACUUUAGAUAUUACUGUCUUAGUCUGACUGAUGCCUCGAUGUGAUCAAUAUGACAGCAUUAACCCUAACCUGUCAUCAACAGUUAUUAUUAUUAUUGUUGUUGUUGUUGUUGUUCUGUCAGCACUGCAGGGUGAAGCUUUUCUACUUUAAACCUGUAAAAUCAGUCACCUGCUCUGAACCAUGGCAGCUGAUUGUUUCUCUGUCGUCAACAUAAAAAGUUGUGUGUCAGAGCUGUGGAUUUAGAGUUUUAUUGUUGUCAGGUUUGCAGCCCAACACAACAAUCCUUGUUGUAAAAGUCAUGGUUGUCAUCACUCCUGUGUGCUCAUUUAAAUUCUUCUUCUGAA